UCAAAUAUUUGAUCAUCUCCAACGGUCAUCUCCUUCAACUCUCCGAGUCAAAAAUAUAACUUCUGUUUCCUUUCUUUCCUCAUUUUCUCAACACACCAAUCUCAUUUCUCUCUCCUCUCUCUCUUUAAAUCAGAUCUCAACAUAAAUAGUUUUAGAUUUUCUUCCAAAUUAAGUACCAAAUCACAGGUGAAAAAAAAUUCCAUCUUUUUUUUUGUUACCAAAACAAUCAACUACAAAAAUGAAUGAUUUGAUGACAAAAUCGUUUCUGAGCUAUGUUGAUCUGAAGAAGGCGGCAUCGAAAGACGUCGAACAAGAUUUGGAAAUGGGGAUAGGAGGAGCAAAUUUAGACCCUAAAAUGGAGGAAUUUUUGGAAGAGGCAGAGAAGGUGAAGGCUGAGAUGGGGUUGAUUAAAGAUAUAUUAACUACCCUUGAAGCGGCGAAUGAGGAAAGUAAAUCGUUGCAUAAACCGGAAGCUUUGAAGGCGCUUCGAGGCCGAAUUAAUGCUGAUAUUGUGUCUGUGCUCAAAAGGGCUAAAGCUAUUAAGGCUCGGCUUGAACAGAUGGAUCGUGCUACUGCUGAGAAUCGCCGCCUUUCGGCUGAAUUGGGUACCCCCAUUGAUCGGACUAGAUCAUGUGUGACAAACGGUCUAAGAAAGAAGCUAAAGGAGCUAAUGAUGGAAUUCCAAGCCUUAAGGCAAAGAAUGAUGUCAGAGUACAAAGAGACUAUAGGAAGGUGCUACUACACUGUCACAGGGGAGUACCCGGAGGACAACGUGAUCGAAAAGAUCAUAUCGAAUGGGACCGGGGAAGGGGAGAUCUUAUCCCAUGCCAUCCAAGAGCACGGCCGAGGCAAGGUGGUGGAGACAGUGAUCGAGAUCCAAGGCCGCUAUGACGCGGCCAAGGAAAUCGAACGGUCUCUCUUGGAGCUACACCAAGUGUUCUUAGACAUGGCUGUGAUGGUGGAGUCUCAAGGGGAACAAUUGGAUGAUAUUGAGCAUCAUGUUAUGAAUGCAUCAAAUUAUGUGCAAGAUGGUACAAAGAAUUUGAAGCAGGCUAAGGAUUAUCAAAGGGGUAGUAGGAAGUGUAUGUGUAUUGGGAUUAUUGCAUUGUUGGUGAUUAUACUUUUGAUUGUCAUCCCAAUUAUUGCUAGUUUUAGUCAUUCUUAAAUUUCUUGUAAUGUUUUUUGUUGGAGAGUGUGUGUAAUUGAGGUUUUAUAAAAGGGGCUGUCACUCAAAGCUCCUUGAAACUCUGUUAAGCACUCAAUUUUAUUCAUUUGUUGGUAAAUGAAUGUAAUGUGAUAUGAAUCAUAUGAUAUGUUACUUUGUUCUCUA